UUUUUGGACGGAAAUAGUGUAUCCGACCCGCCCCCACGGAGUUGCCAAUUCCUAGAUGCGUUAUGCCCCAUUCGAUUGAAUGCGUUUCAGUUUUAUCUUUUUCGAUUGUAUUUUCGAAAUCCCAUCUUAUUCUGUGUUUUUCUGGCAGUAGUAACGGACCUGAUUGGGCAAGAAGGGAGGCAAAAGAAGUGACGGGAAAAUGUUUUUCCACAUAGUGCUGGAGCGAAAUAUGCAGCUGCAUCCACGAUACUUUGGUCGUAACCUUCGUGAUAAUCUUGUUUCCAAAUUAAUGAAAGACGUGGAAGGCACUUGCAGUGGUCGACAUGGAUUUGUGGUGGCAGUUACAGGGAUUGAAAACGUAGGGAAAGGGUUAAUUCGUGAUGGUACAGGGUUUGUGACAUUUCCUGUUAAGUACCAGUGUGUUGUCUUCAGACCAUUUAAGGGGGAGAUCGUAGAAGCUGUUGUUACCAUGGUGAACAAGAUGGGAUUUUUUGGUGAAGCUGGACCUGUCCAAAUCUUUGUUUCAAACCACUUGAUUCCGGAUGAUAUGGAGUUCCAGUCUGGAGACAUGCCAAAUUACACUACUUCAGAUGGAUCAGUUAAGAUUCAAAAAGAUAGUGAAGUUAGACUAAAGAUAAUUGGGACUCGAGUGGAUGCUACUGAAAUUUUCUGCAUAGGUACCAUAAAAGAUGACUUUCUGGGUGUGAUCAACGAUCCUACAACAGUUUAAACACCCCUUACUGUAUCAUUCUGUUGAAAAUAGGAGCAUUUAAUGAUUGUUACUUUUCUAACAAGCAUAGUUGUCGUGUUUAGUUAAGUUCAAUGUAUCCUUAGAAGUAGUUCUCCUGAAAAUAGUAGUAGUUAUUUUGUUAUCAUUGUAUUAUUUUAUUAUUAUAUAUAGAUCACUCUUCUGAGUGAAAAACCUACUAUCGAUAUUUAGAAAAUAAAUAUUGUUUCUCUA